GUAGAGCUGCGCUCGAGUCGCAAUCUAUCAACCUCCCAAUCAACCUAUACACCAUCCUCGAGGAGAGAGACAGCUUCAUGGCCGAGAUCCACCCGGCCUUGAGAUGCCCCUGCCGAGGCCAUGAAGCAGACAGCCUCGAAGCCGCUCUGGCAUCCAAAUCCAUCGCUUCACUACCGACCAAGGAAGCCGGCCUCCAGCAGCUCGAAUGCGCCAUCGAACCGCUUGAGAAGAUGAGCACCUGCACGAGCUGCCUGAAAAAGCGCCACAAUUGCGACACCCUAUUCUUUCUCUGCAAAGAUAUCCUGCACAGGUGCAAAGAGUAUCACGAAUUCCUCAUCGCCAUGCUCGACAUCAAGGAUCGCCAACCCAUCUUGAACGUCCUGUACCCUCUGGCAACGGAUCAGGAGCGCGCCUCGCUCCUGUGCCGGAUGGCCUAUGUCCAGUUCAAACGACUCCACGCCAUUCUCAGCGCCAUCACCAAGAAAUUGAAAGAUCAGGCGGCUUUCGACACCGACGCUUGGUGGUCGAUGCGGAGUUACACCUACAAACUGUCUGUCGACACGGCUGCCCUCAGCUCGCGCACCGUCUGCGUCUAAACGAAUCAGUCAACCAGGAUGCGAUUUCAGCGAAAGAUGUGCUUGGAAGGUACCGAUUU